CCGCGUCCCAACCGGCAGAGUCCGCAUCAUUGAGCAUGGUGACCCUGAGCCGCGUGGUCGUACUCGCGGGCCUGCUCGCCGUCGCCGCUGCCGAGGGCCUCCUCCGCAUCCCGCUCCAGCGCAAGCCCAAGGCGCCGUCGGCCGCACCCGUCGGUCUGAACCCGUCGGACCUCCUCUCGGCGAGCGCGGUCUUGGCCGCUGGCUACGUCCCGCUGACCAACUAUGUCGAGUUUCAGUUUUACGGCGAGAUUAGCAUUGGCACGCCGCCGCAGAAGCUCCAAGUGUGCUUUGACACGGGCAGCUCCGACCUCUGGGUGCCGGCGAACGAGUGCGACCACUGCGCGGGUACGCACCGCUAUGCGCGCAACGAGUCGUCGACAUUUGAGCUCGCGGCCGACCCGAACUUUACGGUCGCGUACGGCAGCGGCGGUGCGCGUGGCAUUGCCGGCACUGAGACGAUCUCCAUCGGUGGGUUCUCGGCGUCUGAGGUGCCCUUUGGCGUCGUCCAACACGAGCAAGCGUCGCUCUCCAACAUGAAGGCCGACGGUCUCCUCGGGCUCGCAUUCGACGGCCUCGCAACGAUUAGCCAUCCGCCCGCGUUCAUGCUGCUCGUGCUCCAGAACGCCAACCUCGCGCCGCAGUUUUCUUUCUACUUGACGCCCGAGCCCAAUCAAGAGGGCUCAAUGCUGCUUUUGGGCGGCGGCGACCCGAGCUGGCUCGACGGCGCCUCGUACAUGACCUUCGACGUCGUGCCGCAGUACGGCUACUGGACGUUCUGGCGCGUCCAAGUCCACAGUCUUCUCAUCGGCAACCGGCUCAACGCGUGCGAUGCCGGCUGCAUCGCCUUUAUCGACACGGGCACGUCGCUCCUCGGCGUGCCUGCGCCGCUCUACGCCGGCGUUCUCGACGCGAUCGCGCAGUAUGCGACCCGCGCCGGCUGCUACUGCAUGCUUACGGCGUACGGAUACCAGUGCUACAUGUGCUCGGCCUCGAAUUUCCCGCCCUUGCGCAUCGGCUUUGGCGGCAGCGGGUACUUUGUCUUGACGGGCGAAGACUAUGCGCUGUGCAUGGGGGCGACGUGCCUCAUUCUACUGCAGCCGUCCGGCCAAGACAUGUGGACGAUCGGCGACGUGUUUCUCAAAAAGUUCAAGUCGCUCUACGACGUGCGCAAGCGAACCGUGGCGUUUCUGUGCCCGGACGACUCGCCCGAGAUUUGCGGCCCGGAGCGCGACGACGUGACGCCAAGAGCGUUCCUCGACAAUAUGAGUCUCAGUGCCAUGGACGCGCACACCAUCCUCAUCCUCUUUGUCACGGGGUGCUCGAUCCUCGGCAGCGUCUUCAUCGUGCUCACGUAUUUCAUGUACCCGAUGCUCCAAUCGAAGCGCGUCCUCGUGCUUCUCUACUACCUCAGCCUCUGCCAUCUCGUGUACAAUGGCACGCUCUGGGUCAGCGCGCUCUUUCAGUACUCAAGUGGCUCGGCCGGGUGUAGUCUGCAGCUCGUGCUUCAGCAGUUUGCCGGCGUCGGCACGCUUCUUCUCUCGGCCGUCAUUAGCAUUGAGCUCCUCCGCGCAGUCCGUGGCUGGCAGAGCCACACGAAGGACUACUCGGCCGUCUACCACUCGGUCAUUUGGGUCAUCUGCACGCUCUGUGGCUGCGUGACCAUCUGGACGGGCGUCCUCGGCUAUGUGCCCGACGCGUACGGCCCGAGUCGGGCGUGCUGGGCCGAGCAUACGCCAGCGUGGGGCCGCGUGACGUUCUUCUACGUACCGGUCGUGUGCACGCUGCUACUGUCGCUCUAUGCCGUGUUCGCCGCCUUGCACCGGCUCCAGAGCACCAACUUGAUCCAAACCGAGUCGGGUCGCCGGAGUUCGCGGCUUCUUGUGUCGUAUGUGAGCGUGCUCGCCAUCUCACUCGUCGUGCCGACCGUCGUCGGCGUUCUCUCGCUCUACAUGACGAUUCCCGAGAGUCUCUCAUUUGUGAGCGAGCUCUGCUUCUACUCGCAAGGGCUCCUCCACGGCUUUGUGUGGGCGUGCAGCCCGUCGUUCCAGCAAGCGUAUGCCCAGCGCUACUACAUGAUGGGCGACGAAGAGGUCGCUUGCUUGGUGACCGAGUAAGCGACCAAGUGUCGCUGUUGUCCAUACGAAAACGCUGCUACGCUAAUAGAAGUCGUCUCCUAAUUGCUCGUGGUC